GAUAACCGAGCACAAAGUUACGUUUGUUUAAAGUUUCGAUGCAGGUCAGGCCUUCACCGCGGCCGUGUACUGCAGUGAUGCAAUCACUGUCUUCGUCGACAGCGGUGAUGCAAUCACUGUCUUCGUCGACAACAGUGAUGCAAUCACUGUCUUCGUCGACAACAGUGAUGCAAUCACUGUCUUCGUCGACAGCGGUGAUGGCUCAAACUAACGUAGAUUGGGAAUUAUUUUCAUAACGUGUGUAUUUUGAGAAUUUUUUUUAAAAACAUGUGUAACUUGGGAUUUUUUCCGGAAGUAGGAACUCAAAGCUUCGAAUUGUGCCGCUGCUGCUUUUUCUGUCGUGAACCCGAUUUCGGCAAUUCCCUUGGUCAGACGAGCCAAAGCUUCUCAAUGCGCGAACGACCACAUUCUGAAGACGGGUUUCCUUCCAACGCAAAUGUACGUAUCAAAUUCCUCGUGCUCCACUUGAAGGGCGGCUUGAAGUAUGCCCGCCAAGUGUUUGAUCAAUUGUCUCGCUGAAAUCUUUCUGCUUAUAACUACAUGCUUGGUGGAUAUUUGAGACAAGGGUUGCUUGAAGAAUUGAUCUAUUUGGUUCGCUGGUUGUUGACUGCCAAGAAAAGGCUGAUGAUGGGUUUACGUUCUCCAUGAUUUUAAAAGCCUUUAUUAGUACCAGUGCCUCCAAUGUUGAGACUUUGCCAAUUCGGUUGCAUUUAUGGUUAAAUAAUUAGAUUGUGGACAUUCAGCCUGAUGAUUUCCUCUACACGGCUGAUGUUGAUUAUUAUGACUGGAACCAUUGUUUAUGCGAGGAGAGUUUUCGACUUGAUGAUAGAUAAAAAUGUCAUAUGCUUCAACGUCAAUGAUAUCUGGAUAUCCGAACCAUGGUUCGAUGGAGUAAGCUGAAGCAAUCUUUAGAAGAACAAACGAAAAGGAUACUGUUGUCUUUAAUGUCACGAUUGAAGGUUAUAGAAGGGCAGUGGCAACAGCUCUGAAAGCACUGCAGUUCUACAUUGAUAAACAGAAGGGCUUUGGUUUCCUGCCCAACAUUGCGACAUUUGCUAGUUUUAUUGGGGAUUGCUCUCUUCUCACAGAAUGUGAGAUCGGUACAUAGAUCCAUUGUCAGCUUAUGAAGAUCUGUUUUACUGACAUAAAAAUUGGAAGUGCCUUGGUUGACAUGCAUUCAAAGUGUGGGAAGAUCGAGUAUGCCCGAACAGUCUGUAAUGACAUGCCACAAAAGUAUCUAUUUUCUUGGAGUGCAAUGAUUGUUGGUAUGGCAAGAGUGGUCAAACUAACAAAGCGCUUGAUCUUUUCCAUCAGGUGCAACAACGUGGUGUCGGGCCCAAUUACAUCUUUGAGAGCUAUCUCACCCUGCGGACAUGGUGGCUUAGUUGCUAAUGGCUAUGAGAUCUUUGAGAGCAUGGACAGGUAUUACUCUUUCAAACCAAGGAUGCAGCAUUAUGCCUGCAUGGUUGAUCUGUUGGGUCGAGAAGGGUAGUAUAGCAGCUAAUGAACUGUUUAAACUCACUGCUUAAGGGCUCCCUGGCGUGUAUGUCUCAUUCUCCAAUACUUUAGCUGCUGCAGGGGAAUGGGAUAAUGUAACUCAAUUGAGAGAGAGGCUAUGAAGAUCAUGGGAGUGCAGAAACAUACUGGAUCCAGUUGGGUUGGCGCUGAAACUGGAACUAGAGUUUCUUGGUCUACGACGAACCCCGAAGAAGUCAUAUCAAUCUCGAUUCACAGAUUAUUAUCUUUCAAAUUUCAAGUCGAUUGUUUUCCAGAUUUGAGUUUUUUUGUUUGGUAUAAAUUAUUUGAGGUUCUUGGUGUUUUGGCUUAGUGGAUUUAUCUUGGAGCAAUCGUCGUGUGUUGGCAAUACUGGACAGAUAGUCUGUUUCGAUGAGGAGAUUCUACCAAGAGCCGGCCUUGAUUUUGUCAGUUUAUAGCUGUGUUCUACAACAUACUCCUGUCGUUUUGGAUUGUGAAAGGUAAUUUGGCUUCUUGUACCUUGUUUCUGAAACUUUACUUUACAAAGAAAAGCAUGUUGCUAUCUUUCCUUGUGACAAUUGGAGCUUCUUUUUCCUGCCAAGACAAGGAAAACAAUGUGACAGACGCCUAAAACUCAAGAGUAACAGCCAGAUCAGCAAGAAGACUGCGGAUAAUAAAGUGAGAAAAGGGUCAAGGCAGAAGGACAGGUUAGUUUGGAACGGCAAUUCGGUCAUUGGUUGGCUAACCGUUUGUUUCUCUGAAUCAAGAAUCGUCAUAGGGUAAGUAAACAGCCUUUAUAAUUAAAUAGAAGAUAGAUAGAUAGAAACACGUCUUGUAGCAAUUCAUUUCUUCUCUUGUUUGGUUGCGUGCUUAUAUAUAUACUUGGCCUUACCUACAACAGAAUUACCCAUUAAGAGAAAACUCUGAAGCAGGAGAGAAAUCAAACGUCAAGACAGAAGAAGAGAAGAAUAAAUCACGAUGUGCUGCUGCUGCUGUGGGGAUGACUGCGAAUGCAGGCCGCUUGCCUUUCUGCUAGGCCUUCCUUUUGCCUUCGUCUCCCUCAUCCUCUCCAUUAUAGGCAUCAUCAUAUGGAUUCCUGGCUUGCUGUUGAGUUGCAUAUGCCCGUGCUGUUUCUGCGUGACGAUCAUAGUGGAGUUUGCGCUCGGGUUGAUCAAGGCGCCAUUUCUUGUGAUGGAGUGGUUCAUCUCCAAGAUUCCUUGUUAGUGGGUUUAAGCUGCAGAGUUCUUUCUUUUUGCAAGGAGGGAUUGAUUAGAGAGAUUGGAGAAACAUGUUUGAUUGUUGCAGUUUGCCUUUUUUUUUUUUUCCUUUUCUUUUUUCCCCUGACAUGAACAAAGAUGAUUUAUGAAGCUAUUUCCCCGUCUUGAUCCUUUUGCUUUCUUUCUUUGCCAACUAAUGUGCGUCAUUGUGUGGCGGUUUGUUGGGUCCGUCGUCGUUGCCACGUGGUACCGUUGAUGACUUGGUCAACGGUUUUGGUGGUGGGCCUGUGGAACUUUGUGGACCUUGUUGGUCCAGCCGUCCUGGGGGCUGGGACAUCAGUUGCGUUAGAAUGAUGGGGGAAGUGGGCUUUUCCCACAGCCGGAGCUCAAUCUCGUCAGCUGCGGCAACGGGCUCAACGCCGGCUAUGCCGCCGACGGGUACGCCGGAGCUAAGAGAGUUGGCGUGGCGCCUCCCAACUCGAGUUGUAGGAUUGAACUGGUUCUCUGUAUAUUACGAUUAGACUCCCUUUAAUUUGUGUAUGUUAUGUUAGGUGCGACGUUAUUAUAUUAAGAAAGAAACUUUUCGAUACGAAAGAAAUUCGUCAAUAACGAUAAAGUUUAGUGUCUAUAAUAUUUGAAAAGUCUUAAAAGUGAUGAUGACAACACAAUACAGAAAUGACGACUGCAAAGGUUUGAAUCUAGACGCCUUUACCAUCUCUUUUUGCCACGUUGGUUCCAUUUGAACAGUUAUCAAGCCACGCUGUCCUUUUUUGUAGCAUGUGUGUAGGAUUUUGAUCACCUCGUGUAAAAUACAAACAUUAUGGUUCUAGUGCACAAGUUGCAAGUUGCAACGCUGGUACAGUAAAGUCACAUUGCAUAG